CCAAAUAUAUAAAUGUAUUUCAGAUGCUAAAUUGUUAGUAGAAAUGUAAAUUUUGUGUAAUGCACAAACACACAAUGUAGAACACGGACGCACGAGGAUAUGCAAGGAUCUGAGAAUGAAUCCGUAAGCUUGAGAAAUAAUGACAAAAUUUCUGCCUCCCGCCUCUCUCCCUCCUCCCCUCCUCCUCCUCCUAGUAGGUAUCCUCAACCUCCCCUAAACAUGACCUCCUCUAACCUUGUGGGACCUCCAGACACCCCUCUGGGGGCCCUAAAGAUGACGUCAGGGCCCCCGAGACUAAGUAGUGGACCUCCUCCGGUGAGGUAUGAGUUGACCAACGCGGAGAAGAUCUUGACGAGCUUGACAGCCGGCGCUGUGGCCGGCGGUCUGGCCAAAACUGUGAUUGCGCCUCUUGACAGGUCUAAGAUAUUCUUCCAGACUAACGAAACCAGAAACUACAGGUUCAGAUACGCUAUACGCUGGCUUCGUCAUGGAUACAGGAAUGAAGGUCUAUUCUCUCUAUGGCGAGGGAAUAGUGCAACUAUGGCUCGUAUCCUACCCUAUGCUGCUAUACAGUUUAUGUCCCAUGAACAGUACAAGUCUAUAUUAAGAGUAGAGGAGAAGGAAACCCCAAAGGUUUACCGUUGGUUUGCUGGCGCUAUGGCAGGUAUAACAGGACAGCUGUUGACCUACCCGCUGGAUAAAGUCAGAGCUGUUAUGGCUGUGACAAAAACCCCAGAAUUCCGAAGUAUCAGCACAGUGUUACUGAAGGUGCAACGGGAGGAAGGGGUCCUAGCUCUCUACAGGGGCCUAGCACCUUCAAUGUUCGGAGUUAUGCUGUAUGCAGGAACAUCAUUUUUCAUCUUUGGAACACUCAAGGGAGCGGCAGUUCAGCACAAUGGAGGAGAGGAUCCCACAUUUAUUCAGCGAGUUCUUGCCGGAGCAGUAGCUGGACUUAUCGGUCAAACCACCAGCUAUCCUCUAGAUAUAGUCAGGCGUAGAAUGCAGACCGGGGUUUCACUGGGGAAAGGAAGCAAGUACAGUACAGCAGUUGGUACAUUUAUGUAUGUUCUCAGAUAUGAGGGUGUGUUGGAAGGACUGUACAAAGGAUUAUCAAUGAACAUGAUCAAAGGACCAGUAGCCGCAGGGAUAACCUUCACCACAUUUGAUUACGUGUACCCUGCCCUGUGCCGUACAACCGUAUGCGUACAUAAUGUACUUGACCUUGUACAUAGAUCAGUUCCUACAGAAGUCGGUGGAAAAUACCAGAAAUCCUAAACUGCUUCUGCUCACAGUUCAUUGUGAACAUGUACUGUCAAACCACACCGCCUUCAUGUACCGUGUACGCAGUACUUAAAGUGCAAACAAACUGAGCCAUUUCUCUAAAUUGACUGUGAAAAAAGACUGAUAAGUGAUUUUGUGUUAAAAAUGGAAAUUCUAGUGGUGCCGUAGUCUAGGGUUGUGAUUAAUUGUGAUCUAAGAAAAUUUCGGAGUUUUAAAAAAAAAUUUGUAUGGGGCCAAGGGAGGUAAGGGAUGGAGGGGGGACAUCGAGCUUAAAAUGAAGUUUUAAUUAAUUCUAGACAAAUAUUAGUCAAAUCGUUAAGGAAUGAUGCAUUUUAAUUUGGAAAUAUUUUUUUUUCAUUUAAAGAGGUGAUUGGGUUAAAUUAUUUCAAAUUUUUUUUUUGCUUUUUCAUACAAAAAUAUUACCAAAAUUUGGAUUACAUUUUGUUGGGUCUAAGACCUUCAGUAUCUUCCGAUCUAGUUUUCAUAUUGUGAUUAAAUUUUAAAAGUUUAUUAUUGAAAUUUAAAUGAUUAUUCUGAUAAAAAUCAAAACAUGACAUAUGCCUUGCUGAAAAACUUAGCUUUCUCAAAAAUGCCUCAAUUUCUUCAGUUUGUAAUACAUCAUAGAUAAAAGUUUAUAUUUCUCUGUUAUCUAUUUUAUUCUAUUAUUAAAUUCGACAAUAAUCGUAUUUUUUCUGAUGAAAUAAGUCAAAGUGUUCUGUACCGCGUACUGUAAGAAAUGAUAUUUUAGUAAACAAAAAUACAAUCUUUUUGGUGCAGUACAAAGUACGGUACAAAUAUUGAUACAUUACAUACAUUACAUUUAUGGUACAUGCAUAUUAAUAUACGUCAUAUAGACUUAAAUCUGUAGUUGAACCAGUAGAAAUAUAUUGUUAAAAGUUUA